AUGUACAAAAACAAGCUUCAAGAGCUCUGUCAGAAGAAAUCAUGGACUUUACCGGUGUACGAUACCGCAAGAGACGGACCACCGCACAGUCCUCUUUUCACGACUACCGUUACCGUCAAUUCCGUCCCUUUCACUUCAUUAACGCCGUCGCGAACCUCCAAGUUAUCCCAAAACGACGCUGCAAUGCUUGCGUUUAAUCACUUCUCCGAACAGAACCCUAUUUCUGCGCCUUUUCUUCCUAAUCUCUCUUCUUUUCCUCAACCUAGCUUCGCAGCGCCUCUCAAUGCACUACCUCUGCAAGGUUCACCUGUUCUCAGCCCUGAUGUUGGCAACACACUUCCCACCAACAGAGUGUUGCAACCAAGUUCUGAACCAGCAUGCCAAACUUCUCAAAUCAAUAGCCCUGUCGCAACUGUUACAGAUGCCCCGAAGGAACAAGACCUGAAAAUUAUGGUUCAUUUGUACAAGAAUCAGCUCCAAAAUUACGCUCAAAAGAGAAACUUAAGUCUUCCGGAGUAUGCUCCUGAGUGGGAGGGUCCACCUCAUGCUAUGCGUUUCAAGUGCAAAGUUACAAUUAAUGGACAGACCUUCCAGAGUCCUCAGUUCUAUUCUACAUUGAAGGAAGCUGAACAUGCAGCAGCUGAAGUUGCUUUUAAAUCAUUAUCACCAAGCGGAGUUCAAGAGGAGGAACUUGGGGUAUACAAGAAUCUUUUGCAAGAGUUAGUUCAAAAGCAAGGAUUUCAAUUGCCUGUAUAUAGUACCAAUAAAUCUGGCGAGGCUCACAAGCCUAUAUUUACCUCGCAAGUGGAGGUAGAAGGGGCGGUAUUUACAGGUCAGGAAUCAAAAUCCAAGAAGCAAGCAGAGAUGACUGCAGCCAAGGUUGCUUAUACAACUUUGAGAAAACGUAAAGCUCAUGAUGGACAAGCUCCUGUGUUUUCACCUAACUGCUCAAAGGAAAAUGUCAUGACUGGUUUGCAACACCCUUCUAAUGGAGAAACAUCUGUAAGCCCUGGAUUAGUCAUUCAGAAUCCACCUAACCCUUCUAAUGGAGAAACAUCUGUAAGCUCUGGAUUAGUCAUUCAGAAUCCACCUAACAUAGAUAACGUGGAGAAAAAACCGCCUUCAUCUGGAAAUAUAAACGGCUUCUCAAUAGUUUCUUCCUCAACAGAGUGCAAGCCUAUUCCUUCAUUCUUCGACCGUGACAAUGUUGAUGUUGGGACAAGUAAUAUGUCAACUGCAGUAGACGACAGCACCCCUUCGCGCCCAAGAAAGGUCAUUGUUUAUUCAAAAAAGACAAAUGUUGAUGUUGAAAAUGGUGGCGCUUUGAUGCAGAUCAGCGAUGACAAGUGGGCUGCUUACUCCUAUUCUUGCUGA